GAAAGAAAGAAAAAAAAAAAAAAACAGUCCCAAUUAGUAAUAAUUAUUCAUUGAGAACUGAAAAUUAUAUAAAAUCAUAAUCAUGAAAUCAUCAAUAUCCUUACUUACAUAAACCGUGAUUCGAAUAUGGUUAACCCUAAUUAAAAUUACUAGUACUAAAUAAAACUGAAAGCUAAAAUUGAGAUCAUAAUUUUUACGUUAAAAAAGGUUUUUUGAUCUCAAUCCUUAGCACAUACACAUAAAUAUUAAAUCUAAAAUUUUAAGUAAUUAAAUUACCAUUACAGCAGACGAAUUGGAUUGCAAUGGUUGAAGCUGUAACAUGAUGAAGCAUUGGCGCCUAUAUAUACCACAUGACUCCUCCAUCUUCAUACACAUUUCCAAGUGAGAGAGAGAGAGAGAGAGAGAGAGAGAGAGAGAGAUGGAGAGCAGUUUGAAGAAUGAGAAAGAGGGUAGGGUGAGUGUGACAAAUAGAGAUCUGAUAAAGAAAAUAAGUGAAAAUCUCAACAAAAACGAUGCUAGAUCAGUUAUCAAUCUUGGAAAUGGAGAUCCAACUCCAUAUCCAAGUUUCCAAACAACCCUCGUUGCAGAAGAAGCCCUUCUCAACUCCCUUCACUCCAACUCCUUCAAUGGCUACCCUCCUCCUUUUGGUCUUCCUGCAGCUAGGAGGGCAAUUGCGAAGCAUUUGAGUGGCGAUCUUCCACACGUGUUGUUGGAGGAGGAUGUGUUCAUAACCUCGGGGGCGAGCCAGGCGAUCGAGCUCCUGCUCACGGUCCUGGCUCGCCCCGGCGGCAACAUCCUGCUCCCUCGGCCCGUGUUUCCCCUGUACAAGGCGCGGGCGGAGCUGGUGGGGUUGGAGGUCCGCGAAUUCGACCUCCUUCCAUAUAGAGAUUGGGAGGCCGAUCUCGAUGCCGUCGAGGCUUUGGCCGACGAUGAGACUAUUGCUAUGGUGGUCAUCAACCCUGGAUAUCCUACUGGGAAUCUUUUUACUUUGGACCAUAUGCAAAAGAUUGCGGAAACUGCGCAAAGGAAGGGGAUUAUUGUGAUUGCAGAUGAAGUUUAUAGACACAUUGUUUUUGGAAAUCAAGAAUUCAUACCAAUGGGGAUUUUUGGAUCUCUAACUCCUGUCCUUACCGUUGGAUCACUCUCCAAGCGAUGGCUCAUUCCCGGUUGGCGCCUCGGUUGGAUCGCUGCUUCCGAUCCCAACCGGCUCCUUAAUAAAUCGGGGAUCAUUGAGUCCAUUCAGAAAUAUCUCUGCAUGACAUCUAGUCCCGCAACCCUAAUCCAGGGUGCGGUGGCGGAGAUUGUUGAGCGCACCCCAACCGAUUUCUUCGACAAGACUGUUAAAACGAUUAGAGAAUCUGCAGAGAAAUGCUACAAACUUAUCAAUGAAAUCCCAUGCAUCACUUGCCCCACCAAACCUCAAGGAUGCAUGUUUCUCAUGAUGAAAUUGAAGGUGGAUAUGUUGGAAGGGAUUGAGGAUGAAUUGGACUUUUGCUGCAAACUGGCUAAGGAGGAAUCCGUCAUACUUCUUCCAGGGAUUGGCGUAGGGCUGAAGAAUUGGAUGCGAGUAACAUUUGCCAUUGAGCCAUCAUACAUCGAUGAUGCAUUUGGAAGAAUAAAGGCUUUCUAUUUGAGGCACGCCAAGAAAACACUUUAAUUAAUCUCGAUUAAUUAAUGUGUUUCUUGCAUGAUAGUAUAAAACAAUUUUAAAAAAUUAUAAUCAUAAUGAUGCAUCCGUCGCAGAUCUUCAUAUAUAUGUUCUUCUUGAUAUCGCUAUAUGUUUGAUAUGUACAAUUUCUUGUAUAUAUUACAAGAAUUGUUUAGUUUGCUUUAAUUUUCGAACGAGUGUAAUGUGAAAGUGUAAUAAAAGUGGCCUUAUGCCAAAGUGUUGUAAUAUAUAAUUUGGUUGAUUGAUGUUUCUUUUUUUA